AUAUCGUUCAAUAGCGCAGACGUCUUCGACAAUCGGUUUCAACUGAUUUCGACUGUUUUCUUAUAAAAUCUGAAGAUAAUAAGUCUAGAGAUGGUGAGAAACAGAGCCAGAACCACAGAAAGGGGCAAAGAGUGGACGGGACAUGAAAUGAAUUGCGCACUCCAUGAUGUUAUAGAAAAUGCAAAGCCACAGAAAGUAGCUACAAGAAUGUACGGAAUACCUCUUUCUACUUUAAGAGAUAGGCUAAAAACAGGAGAUUGCUCUAAAUUGAUUUGGGAAGAAAACCUAUAUUUUCAAAAGAACAGGAAGAUGGCAUAGGUAAGCAUGUUCUUUUGCUAGCAGAGACAUUUUAUGGAAUAUAGUCGGUAAAGUUGAGGAGAUCAGUUUAUGAAUAUGCCGAGGCAAAUAAUACUGAGCAUAAUUUUAAUAAAAUAUCAAAAAGAGCUGGACAGGAUUGGCUCUCUGGGUUUCUUAGAAGAAAUCCAUCAGUCACCAUUCGCAAACCUGAGGCUACUAGUCUCAAUCGGAUCUCAGCUUCUAAUUCAAGUGAAGUUAAGCAUUUUUUCUCGAAUCUUACCACUGGGAUGGAUGUCCAUAAGUUUGAUGCCUCCAGAAUUUACAAUUUUGAUGAGACAGGAAUAUCAACGGUUCAGAAGCCAGGAAAAAUUUUAGCACCCAAAAGAGCUAAACAAGUUGGCUCAGCAACAAACUGGGAGCGUGGGAAAAAUAUUACAGUGUGUUGUGCAGUGAGUGCCAGUGGAGUACAUGUACCUCCAAUGUUUAUUUUUCCAAGGCUUAGGAUGACGCCGGCCCUACAGAGAGGAGGACCACCAAAUUCAAUAUACGAAAGUAGCAAAAAUGGUUGGAUGACUGAGGAGCUCUUCCCAAAGUGGCUGAAACAUUUUGCUAACUUUACCAAAGCCUCUAAGGACCACAUCAUUCUCUUGAUUUUAGACAAUCACACUAGCCAUGUCUCUCUAGAAGCCUACAACUUUUGUAAAGACAAUGGAAUAGUAGUGGUAACACUGCCGCCUCACUGCUCACACAGGUUACAACCUUUAGAUGUGGCCUUUUUCAGUAGCCUGAAGGCUGCAUUUAAUCAAGAAUGUGACAGUUUUAUGAGGUCUAAUCCCCACCAGAAGAAAACUCCUUACGACAUUUGUCCUAUCUUUAGCAAAGCCUUCAUGAGGAUUGCUAAUAUUGAGAAGGGUAUCUCUGGCUUUAGCAAAACAGGAAUUUUCCCUCUAAAUCCUUCCACAUUUAAUGACGAAGAUUUCAUGCGUGUGCACCCAGACGAAGAAAUAGGCCUAGCUUUACCCGUUGUUGGUGAUUGCAGCGCUAAUAAUGAUGAAAGUAGUAACACAGUUGUGCUCUGUUCUUCAAAGACAGCGACUGGUGUCCCUGAUGAUAGAGACAAAGCCUUAGGACUACACGUUCAGUCUGAAGUUGGGCUACAAUUCAAAGAUAUUUCUCCCUUACCAGGACCUCUUAAACUGAAGAAAACUGCCAGACAUCAUUCCUCAAUUUUUACUUUGACUCCUAAAAAAGCUAGUUUACAAAAAGCAGCAGAGAGCUAAAAAGCAAAAUUAAUAAAUAGAGAAAGAAAAUCAGUGCUAAAGCCUAAGGGAAAAAGCAAGUUCAGAGAGUUUGCUUCAAAGAUAAGACCUCAUAAAUUUGAAACAAAGAAAUGUGGGCGAAAUCUUUCUUUUGAUUCUUCAUUGGCUGAUGAUUUGGACCUACCAUUGCACAAACUGUGUAGUGAUAAUGAGAUGGAUGACGCUGACCCUUUCGGAGAAACUAGUGUUAGGCCUACGAGCAAGAAUGGAACUUUUAGGGACGACGACUCUGUUUGCAUGCUUUGCGGAGAGUUUAGGAAAAACAGGGAGCUGUGGUUUCGAUGUGUGAUUUGCAGUGGAUGGGUUCAUUCAGAGUGUAAUGCAUGUGACACAGCUGAAAACAAUAUUUGCGACUACUGCCAUUAAACAGGGGAUAAAUGUGUUCAGAGACAAGUUGACACCAUAAUCCAAUAAUUUUGAUUUACCAGUAAAA